AUGGCUGCUUUACAGUUUCUACUCAAGAGAUCAACUAAGCUUUUCUCCUCCUCCGCCUCCGCCUCCGCCUCCGCCAUGCAAAAAAUCACUACUCCGCCGCAGAUUCCGCCGUUCGAUCAUCAGCCUCAUCCCUAUACGGGGCCAACCGCCGAUCAAGUUUUCGCUAAGCGUAAAACGUUCCUCGGUCCUUCCGUAUUCCACUUCUAUCAAAAACCUCUGAAUAUUGUGGAGGGGAAGAUGCAAUAUCUGUAUGAUGAGACUGGAAGGAGAUACCUUGAUGCUUUUGCUGGGAUAGUUACUGUUUCUUGUGGACAUUGUCAUCCUGUAAUUUUGAAUGCUAUCUUUGAGCAGAGUAAACUUUUGCAGCAUGCAACUACUAUUUAUCUACACCAUGCCAUAGGUGACUUUGCCGAAGCAUUGGCCGCGAAAAUGCCUGCAAAUCUUAAAGUUGUUUAUUUUGUAAAUUCCGGUUCUGAAGCGAAUGAAUUGGCAAUGCUGAUGGCUAGAUUAUAUACUGGUAAUCUUGGUAUGAUUUCUUUAAGGAAUGCAUAUCAUGGGGGAAGUUCUAGUACAAUGGGUCUCACUGCUCUUAACACUUGGAAAUAUCCAAUACCAGAGGGUGAAAUUCAUCAUGUUAUGAACCCCGAUCCAUACCGUGGAGUCUUUGGCGCAGAUGUUGAUAGUUAUGCCAGAGAUGUCCAAGACCAUAUUGACUAUGGCACUUCAGGAAAAGUUGCUGGAUUUAUAGCUGAAACAAUUCAGGGAGUUGGAGGAGCAGUUGAACUGGUACCUGGGUAUUUAAAACAUGUCUAUGACAUUGUACGCAAGGCUGGUGGUGUCUGCAUUGCAGAUGAAGUGCAAACUGGGUUUGGCCGCACAGGAAGCCAUUAUUGGGGAUUUGAGACACAGGGUGUUACUCCUGAUAUAGUUACAAUGGCAAAGGGUAUUGGCAAUGGUUUGCCACUAGGAGCUGUAGUUACUACUCCAGAAAUAGCAAGUGUAAUGGCCCAGAAGAUUCAAUUUAACACUUUUGGUGGGAACCCUGUAUGUUCUGCCGGUGGUCUUGCAGUGCUCAAGGUUCUGGAUAACGAGAAGCGUCAAGCUCAUUGUGCUGAAAUUGGCUCUCACUUGCUUGAACGUUUGAGAUCACUUCAGCAACGACAUGACAGUAUGUCACUUUCAUAUAACACCUUCGGAAUGGUUAAUUUUGCAAUACAGUUUUUUAUGGCAUGUCUGGCCUUUCUAACUUUCUAUGAACAUUGUUGGCAUAAUAUGUCGAUUUUUCAUCUGUCUCGUGCAAACUCGAGAAGGCUGUAUAAGGAAAGUGUUCUGUACACGAUUCCAGUCUGGAUUCAUUCAUUUCUUCUCAUUGGUGAUGUGAGGGGAAGAGGCUUAAUGCUUGGGGUAGAGCUUGUUAGCGAUCGAAAAAAUAAAACACCGGCAAAGGCUGAAACUGCUGUCUUGUUUGAAAAACUUAGAGAACUUGGUAUUCUAGUUGGGAAAGGAGGACUGCAUGGAAAUGUUUUCAGGAUUAAGCCACCAAUGUGUUUCACUAAAGAUGACGCGGAUUUUCUUGUGGACGCCUUGGACUACUCUAUAACAAAGUUGUGA